AUGGCCUCCCGUCUGGUCCUGGUCAUCGGUGACCUUUUCAUCCCUGACAGAGCUCCUGAUCUCCCUGCUAAGUUCCGGAAACUAUUGACGCCAGGCAAGAUCGGCCAGAUCCUCUGUUUGGGUAACCUGACGGACCGCGAUACCUUCGAGUUCCUCCGCGGAGUCGCCCCCGAUUUACAACUAGUCAAAGGUGAUUUCGACGUCGAUUCGCCCAAUCUACCUCUCUCUAAGGUCGUUACCCACGGUAGUCUCCGGAUCGGUUUCACGCAUGGCCACACCAUUAUUCCCUCGGGGGAUGCAGACGCUCUACUCAUCGCCGCUCGUCAGAUGGAUGUCGAUAUCUUGCUGUGGGGAGGUACACAUCGGUUUGAGGCGUUUGAAAUGGAAGGUCGCUUCUUCGUGAAUCCCGGAAGUGCCACCGGAGCCAUGAGCACCGGGUACUGGCCUGAGGGAGAGGACCCUACACCCAGUUUCUGCUUGAUGGAUGUCCAAGGUGAUGUGCUCGUGCUUUAUGUCUACCAACUCAAGACGGAUGCCAACGGAGCCGAAACUGUUGCGGUCGAGAAGGUGUCUUUCCGUAAAAAUGCCCUUCCCGCUUCAUGA